GAAGGAGGAGGAGGAGGAGGAGGAGGAGAGAAGAAAAAGGAAGGAGAGAAAGCGCGAAAGUGGAAAAAGGGAAGAGAAGUGGUGGAAAGGAAGCGGGGAAAAGGGUGCCCUUAGAGGGCAGCCCGAAAGGGGAUCGCGGAGAUAGGAAGGAAAAUCGAGGUGUGGACGAGCGGAAGUAGAUGGCCGCUACCACGUACAUGCCGAUUAGUAGCGCAGUGUCGUCCGAGCUGGAUGGUGGUUCGGGUACCGCGAUCGGGAUGAAUAUCGCUGUGGGUGGCUACUCCUCGGGCUCGCCUCGCAGCGCCGCCGACGCCGGGGAGAUGAAGUACAUGCCGGCGCCCCAACAUCAUCACCAUCAUCAUCAUCAUCACCAGGUGACGUCGUCCCCGUCGCCCAACGGCCUCUCGCAUCCGUCGCCCGCGAGCCUCUCGUCGGCGAAUCCCUGGGUGAGCCUGCAGCCGAGCAGCGACCACUGGGCGGCCUCGAUGGGCAUGCACCACACCAGCCACCAUCCGCAUCAUCAUCCUCACCAGGCGAACGUUGCCGGCCUCGACGUGAAACCGUCGAUCGCGGCCGCGGCAGCGACCGCCGCGGCGGCGGCCGCCGCCGCCAACGACCAGUCGAUGCAUCACCGCGGAGGGCCACACCAAUCGCCCGGGAUGGCGUCUCCUCACUCGAGUUGGCACGCGCCCGUCGUACCCUCGGCCCAUUACAACCCGAGCGGUGGCGCGGCCUCGCCCACCACCCUCCAACAAUACCACGCCGCUAUGAACGGGAUGCUGCACCCGCACCAUCCCCAACACCAUCCCCAACUUCACAACCACCAGACGGGACUGCACCCGAACCUGAGGGAUCCGGGCUCGCCGGUCGGCCACUCGCUUCACCCGGGCCACGCGCACGACAGGGAUCAGAGCGCCGGGGAGGAGGACACCCCGACCUCGGACGACCUCGAGGCGUUCGCGAGACAGUUCAAGCAACGCCGGAUCAAGCUCGGUUUCACCCAGGCGGACGUGGGCCUGGCCCUCGGCACCCUUUACGGGAACGUGUUCUCCCAGACGACGAUAUGCAGGUUCGAGGCGUUGCAACUGAGCUUCAAGAACAUGUGCAAGUUGAAGCCGUUGCUGCAAAAGUGGCUCGAGGAGGCGGACUCGACCACCGGCUCGCCGACGUCGAUAGACAAGAUCGCUGCCCAGGGUAGGAAACGGAAGAAGCGGACCUCGAUCGAGGUGUCGGUGAAGGGAGCCCUCGAGCAGCAUUUCCACAAACAGCCGAAACCCUCCGCCCAGGAGAUCACCACGCUCGCGGACAGCCUCCAGUUGGAGAAGGAGGUGGUCAGAGUGUGGUUCUGCAACCGACGGCAAAAGGAGAAGAGGAUGACCCCGCCGAACACGCUAGGCGACGGGAUCAUAGAGGGCGUGCCGCCCGGCCACCAAAGCCAGCCGGGCCUCCACCAGGGCUACCAUCCCCAGGACCACCUUCACGGAUCGCCCAUGGGCCACAGCCACAGCCCCCCCAUGCUCAGUCCCCAGGGUCUCACCGCGCACUCGUUGGCGGCUCACUAGCGUUCGCCCGGGCCUCCCCCGUUGGGCCUUUC